AUGUCAUCAUUUUCUGAGGAGACGAUUGAAGCGCCUCCAGCGAAAAAACGAAAAACUUCUAACUCGGGUGGUGUUUCAAAUUCAGUUUCGCAAGAAAAUCAUUCCACAGAGAAGGUAAAACGAAGUAGAAUUAAAAAAUUGAAGAUCGCUGGCAUUUAUGCCAGGAUUUUAAUGAUUAUUCUUUUAAAUAUUACUUUCAUCUGAACAGACCAUGGCGAUGGACAGCAACGGAAGUGCGGCGAACCAAAUGCAGAUUGAUGAAGGGCUAUACUCCAGACAACUGUAAGAAGAAAAAUUCCUUUAAUCUUGUCCUUUUAUGGCCUUCACGUUUCUUUAAAAUGCAAUAGUAAAAGUGUUUUCAGAGUAAUACUGGCGAGUCAGCUGGUUAUUUAUUAAUGAGCUGACUUAGUAAACACAUAUGGCUUUCGAUACUAGUGCAUUCUGUUAUUUUUUGCCUCUAUAAAGCGACGGUCCCUUAUAAGUGACGAAAGCAGGGUGCAAAGAAAGUCAUUUUUACAGCUUGCCAUUUGGGCAAGCUGAGGCUAAUAUAUGCUAGCCCAAAUGCAUUUCACAGUUUUUCCGUAAUCUGAAUUCCUCAAAAAACUCCACUUGCCCAUCGGGCAAGUUUAGAACAGAAUUCACUAGCCCGAUAGCCAAAUCCACUAGCCCCGGGCUAUCAGACACUACUUUCUUUACAUGCUAUGAAAGCCACGCCACAUUUACUCUCGUCAACGACCAACAUGUGGAUGCAUACCUGUUGCAUUGUUGGAAACAUCACCAGGAACGAAGGCACCAGGUAGUGUCUCAAACACAGCUUGACUACUGUAGCUUCAAACCAGGGUUUUCAGCAAAAAUCCCAAAUGCCCGUGGGCUAAGCAAAGUACCAGAACCCAGUUUUUAGAGAAGUUUAUUUUUGAGCAUAUGACAGCCAAUGCAAAAAUGGGUAAAAAGGUUAGCAACUGAUGAAAUGUCACGUCGACUGCCUGUAUUGCACCAAUCAAUAAUUGAUUGGUACAAUACAGGCAGUUAGAAACUGUAUCAUCAUAUUUUUGUCUAGGUAUGUACUUGGCCAUGAAGCCAUGAAGAAAAUGGCUGUUUCCAAUGUUCUUAUAUCUGGACUAAAAGGUCUUGGAGUAGAAAUAGGUAAGCUACAUACCCCCCAACUUACCCUGCAAGUAUAGCUGUCUGUCCUUACUCCUUACUACUCCAAGAGACAUUUUGCAGGAAAGACGUCUAUGUUUUGGCCCUAUAAAUUUUGUACUGAUGACAAGAAGCUUUUGAGCUUUGCCAUCAGGGUUUUCAAUAAGAGCUGGUGGUCGGCGAAAUUCGCGGGCUAUAUCAUGUGAACUUCCUGCCUACUUUUCUUUAGAAAUUACCCCAGUUUGAAUAGAGUAUUCAUGUGCUGUCGCUGACUAAAAAAGCCAAAAUUUAAUAAUGUCUGUGUUCUGUCCAAACACUCUAAUUUUGCUCCAGAAUGCUGGAAAUGCAUUCUAAGAGGCCCAGGUUUCAAAAUUUUUCCUUCUCUACCUACUCCAAAGCUUUUGCCACCUACUGAAAAUCUUAUUGAAAAACUCUGUGCUACUGCUUGCAUUUUUGUUUGCAGAAGAACUCAAAACUUUACAACAAUAGACCAGGAGAAACAUCUGGAAACCUAUGACACCCAGAUUAAUCAGACCAAAUUUGUUUUUGGUGCUGACUGUCAGACCCUUUCCCCCACGAUUCUUUCCUAGCGGUGAAGAGCGAGGAAAGAAGUAUGUAUUUGCAGUCAACCCCUAACUUCAGGCUUUUUUUUACUGAGUUGUUUGGUGGCAGGAUUUCUUGUUUCUUUUGUUCCAAGACAAAUAUAGGUACUCUGGAAUAUUAUUAGACCCACAUCUAAAUGUAGGGCAAAUCCAUAGAAAACAGCAGACUCAGGAUUGCAAAAUUAUUUUUUCAAAAUACAAAACAUGUCCAGUAUCAAUGAAAGGGUCCUCAGAUGUACCUACAGUGUAUUAUAACCAGAAAGUCAGUUUAGAAGCUCUACCUUAAAAAUCACCAUUAAAUAAUUAUUGACCUAAUAAAAUUAUUUAUGUCACUAUUACUAGUUCUUUGGUGGUUAAAUUCUAAAUUUCUCUCACGAACAUUGAAAUAAUUAUCUUGUACCUUCAGCUAAAAAUGUGGUCUUGGGUGGCGUGAAGUCAGUUACCCUACAUGAUACAGGAAAUGUUGAAAUGUCAGACUUGUCCUCUCAGGUGAGUUUUAACCUACAAUGUAACUUCGUUUCACUAAAACAGCAAGCAAAGAGCAAGUUCCUUAAUUCAUAUACUGUACUCUCUGUAGAUCUGAUUAUGUAAGAGUUUAAAGGAAAAUGUAAUGGAGAUUUUGUUUUCAUUUGCCUCUUAUAGUUCUUUCUUGAAGCUGACGACAUUGGAAAAAACAGGGCAGAGGUAUCUUUGAAAAGGAUUUCUGAGCUCAACAGUUACGUUCGUAUGUCUGUUAGUACCGAACAGCUGACAGAAAAAUUCCUGGGACAGUUUCAGGUAAGCACUGCUGCACGGUGUUAUCCAUAGAUCCUGUAACUUAAUACAUCAUUUAUCACCUGUUAGAGGUGCCAUUAUUUGAUGUAAUUUGCAGUUGUACUCGUACAAUGUACUUUAGCUUCCUUCAUCAUCAUCACUGGAUCCCCCCUAGCCUGCGUGGCAGGUGCAAAAAGGGGAGAGGACAGGGAUAGAGGAAAAAAGGGCAAAAGGGAAAAGAGAAGGUAACCCUCUCCUUGGAAUCCUCCUUCCUUUUUCCCUUCCUCCAAUCCCCUAUCACUUUUGAUACCUACUACUUAGGCGAGAUCCCUCUUCCUAAAGUGGGAAGCAGAGCAGGAUUCUUCCAUUCACCAUAGCCUGAAAGACACAGUUGUCAAUUUAGGAUGUAACUAUUGUAACUGGUUUCUUUUAAAAUGGCCUCUGAGGGAUGUGUGUAUAAAUUCCAUACUGAUGACAUGUUACUACCUAAGUCUUGUUAUUGCAUGUACUUCUGAAGGUAGUGCUGUGAGGAAAAUUUCCUUCAACCAAUUUGAAGCACUACCCCAAUCUGAUUAUUGUCAGGUUAUCAGUAUGGAAUUUUGGUGCUUGUUCUUCCGACAUCAUAUCACGGGGAAACCAGCAAUGGCCUUGCACAAUGUUGGCUGUUUUCUCAGGUCAACAAUCAUAUGAAAAAGGCUUUUGCAUUUUUUUGAUGAUCAGUAUCAUUUUGUAUUAAUUCAUCUGUAAAUGCACAUCGUCUUUCCAUUCUCCUUAGCUGGCAGCAGAAACAAUGCAAGAGUGUUACAAAAAAUUGUAUUGCAUGACUAGCGUGACUUUCUAGAAGCUUCACAAGAGUUCAUAGUUUGUUUAUUUUAGGAUCUUGUGUAAGCAUUUCUAAAGCAGUGUAUUUUGUAAUCUUUCUUUAAUUAUCAAAGUAUAUUUAAGUAGGCGAUUCCAAGCAAAGUUUUAACUAGUUUUCACAAGUGAAGAGAGUUUGACUUUAGUCGUGUUCAGUCAAGUGUAACAGAGGCAGUGUUUAUUCAAGUUGGAGGAGGCAAUGUAAGUUUAUCAAGUUAAGUGCAUUUGGCGGAGGCUGUGUAAGUUUAUCGAGUUAUGUGCAGGUGUGGAGUUUUACUUCGUGGAAACUAGGUUCAUUUUUGGAAUAAAUCUUCUUGUUGCUGUUCCGACAACCCUGCGUUCAGUUUGGUUUGCAAGCUACCUGUCCUCUAAAAGAUUACCGGCGUAACAAAGAGCAACUUCUCAUUUUCCAGUUUAUAUCUAUAGGUUGUAGUGCUAACACAGUCUACCUUUGAUGAGCAACUUUGGGUUGGUGAUUUCUGUCAUGCACGGGGUAUCAAGUUUAUCAUUGCUGAUACAAGGGGACUUUUUGGGUAAGUCUCUGUUCUAUUUAGAGUUUAUUCAAGAUGCCUUAGGGACAGAGCCAAGUGUGUGCAUUACAAAGAAACUACUACGCUAACCUGUUCAUGGUUUUAUUAAUUUCCAUGGUGCUAUUUAAAGUGUAUAGUUGGUGGUGAGGGCAGGAUAGAAUGUUGCUCCACAAUAAUUUAGAGGUUUUAAGUUAAAACCAAAAUACUAUUUAUCCAGAUUUCUGUUAAACAUAAUGGUUUUCCUUUCAAUUUUUUUUAUAUGUAUGCUUGGAAAUAAAAGGAGAAUUCAACAUUACAUGAAGAGUCACCUCGGGCCUUAUUUCAUGCGUCCCUUAACAUCUGUGUCCUUUAGACUUCACUGUUGGAAAGAUGGCCAGAUUAAUGUACUUUCUUUGAUAAGUGAUGCAGUAGCUGAAUAUUAUGUUUUGAAAUUAUCCAUUUCAGUCAAAUAUUUUGUGAUUUUGGUGAGAGCUUCACAGUGGUAGAUACCAAUGGGGAACAGCCAGUCAGUAACAUGAUUUCUUCUGUUUCUAAGGUAUGUAUGGUGCUGUACACGGAUGACUCAAUUCUUGUUCUUGAUUUUCACAGGGUUUGUAGAGAGUCUUGAAUUCUUGAAAAAAGUCUUGAAAUUUGCAAACCAGGCAGAGAAAAGUCCAAAAAACAACAAUCCAGUCUGGGAAACAUAGUGCAAAGUCUGGAGUUUUAAACCUGCAGCAUGGGCUUUAUUGCUUAAAAGUGAAUUUUUUUUUUUGAAGUUGUCUUAUUCUUUUCUUUAGUCAAAACAUUCAAUCACAGAAUGAGGAAGUUUCAGAACUCUUUUACAUAAGUCUGCAUAACAUGUGUGUAUGCUUGCAGUGUACCGAGGUUUCAUCAAUGAUUUGCUGAUUAAUUUGCUGAUCUAGAGUUUGCAAAAAGAAAUUAUUAAUUCUGGAAAAAGUCUUGAAUUUCGGAUUCAAAAGGUUUUAUGCACCCUGUUUUCAAAAGUCAAACUUCUGAGUUGUGAACAUUUUUAUUAUAACGUUUGAUUUUUGUGACUUUUGGUUCUGUUGUAUGUAUUUACAUUGUAAUUUUGCAGUAAUGUUUAGUUUGUACAAUUGCAAUUUGUUCUUUACAUGUAGCUCUAAUGAAUGAGGUAAUAAAUAAUGUUAAUUUUUUCUAGGAUGAGCAAGGUGUUGUAACUUGUCUUGAUGAGCAAAGGCAUGGUUAUGAGUCUGGUGAUUUUGUGACUUUCUCUGAAGUUCAGGUAAUAAUAAGCCAGAAGCUGCUGAUUUUUACAUGUAAUAAGAGACAGUUAUUAAAUUACAAUUUCAUUCAAACAUUGACAAGAAAAAGGUCUUUAGGUGGUCUUUGCCUGAUACCAUUGUUCCUGUUUAGUUUUUAAUUAGCAAAAUCACACAUGCAAAACCUGUUCAACAACUCCAUUUCAACUAUGACAUCAAUUGACUUGCUAUGCAACUGCUACCCCCCUAAGUUAACAGUGUGACAUGGCUUUGGAAAACACAGCAUCUUGUAAUGCAUCAAAGCCUGUUGUCAAAAUACCCAAAAUCCAUGUUAUGUAAUAUGUAGUUCUAACUGAGAUUAUGAAGAAAUCUCAUGGUGUGUCCAUUCAUAAUACAAUGCCAUUGAAACCUCUUCAGUAGCACUUUUACUGUGGAUGAAGUCCUGUGGUGUUACCAUUCAAAUGAAACCAUAGUGACGAGGAACCCUCUCUCCUCUAGUACCUUCGAGGACAUUGUGAGGGCGUCUUACUACUCAAUGAAAUUCCCGUACCUGGUGGCUAAAAUCUGUGUGGAAUCACUUUCAGAGAGCUAAUUGGUCGACGGAGUAGUUUCAUUGUUUUGCUUCAUGUUUCGCGAAUGACAGACAUGAAGACAAGGCGCAAAAGGUCAAAUGUAAAAAUCGCGAUGAAUCUCUAAAACAGUCAAUAUUUGGAUAUGGUCUUCUCUGAAGAGCGUUUUUAGUUUGCUGAAGCUCAUUUUGCACAUGAACACGACACACCAAAAUAGACCAGGAGAAGCGGUAAAAUUGAACAAAUUUGCAUCUGGAACCUGACUACGAUUUGUGCUGUAAACAUUGGUUCUACACGUCAUCAGUGUGGAAUUUUGUGUGAUGCAGACAUUCCUCCUGGCGUCCUUCGGCCGGGCGACGAGAGAGGGCGUCUACCAUUGCAGAUAAUGAAACCACGCAUUUCUUUCAAUGUGUGUUGGUUUGUUUUCUAAGCAUUUUAAGCUACUAUUUAAAAAUUUUUAUGGAAUUAACCAUUAGCUCCUGGAGAUUUGCAGCGUUUGGCUAGUCGAUGGUUUCGACCACUGUGGUGCUAUGAGAGCUAAACUUACAAACGGUUUACGGUGGCACGCUUAGCGACGCCUUCUGAUCCAGAUCUCUGCAAAUAUCCGGCUUACAGGAAACUCGAGAAUAUGCAAUUCGACAUAGUUUUGGUUUUAAAAGUGACACAACGAUCUUGACUUUACUUUUCGCUUUCUCCUCUCCCUUCUUUUUGACUUUUCUUGCCUCAUUUUUUCUCUUACUGGGCGACAAGUGAGCUUCAUUUGGUAGGAAGAGUUUUGGAAAGCUUUUGGGAUCUUAGGCGGAUUAGGUGAAAGGAAGGUAGGUGGUAAUGGAACAAGAUUUUCAUGUGUGGAAUUUUCAAGGUCCUUGUCACAAUGGUUUUUGCUUCUUUCUCAGUACAUGACAUGAAUUGGCGCUCCUUCUGGUAUGGUUUGAAAGAUCUCUCUUCACCCUGCACAAGUUAGCGAAAAGUUGUCCCUUGGUGACGGGUAUUGGCGUCCUACCUGAGGUGAGGACCUGGAUCGCCGCAGGCCGGUUGAUUCCAGAGGCGGAAUGGGUUAAGACUUUGAGCAAUUAUUUAACAAAUGGAAAGUUCACAGUACAUUGCCUUCAAACCAGUUGUUUUUGUUUCAAGAAAAAUGAAUGUAUGGAAAAAUUUUGAGCAGGCUUCUCUAUCCAAUUGUCAAAAAUCAAUAUUGACUAUAUUAUUCCUCUUUUUCAUCAUUUUGUGUGAUGCAUAAUGUUUCCUUCUGUGUUUCAGGGAAUGACAGAAUUGAAUCAAUGUGAACCUCGAGAAAUAAAAGUUUUAGGUGAUUAAGGACUGAUUGUAAUAUUAUUAUUUCUCACACACCGAAUGUGAUUUGUCUGCCACACAACAAAGCAACAGCACUUUAAUCACAACCAUCACAAAAUUUUUAGAAUAAACAAAGAAAAUAUAGAAAAAAAAAACUGUCCUGAACUUGAUUUAACAAUACACUGUUGUCAAACUAAUUCACACUUUUGUUUUGAUUUAACAAAGGGUAUGAGGGUGGGAAAGUACUGUCGCACUGUUUGGCAAUAAACAAAAACUGAAUUUUGUGGUGAGUGUGAAAACUGAUACCCUAAAUUGAAACUUGUGCCCAGGUUUUACUCAGUGUGAUUAAACUUCAUUUCUUGCCCCUUUUGGAAGCCAGCUGACAAGAAAAAACAUUUUUAACUGCAUUUUAAUAUCCACCUUUGGACACAUAGCCCAUUACUACAUAUAUUUACAUGUAUUUGCAUAUAUAUUUGUCAUCUUAACUUGAGUGACUAAAUGUAAUUCUGUUUAUUCGUUAUAGGCCCUUACACAUUCAGUAUUGGUGAUACCUGGGUACUCAGGCUGUGUCUCUUGAUGGUGAUAUAA